AUGCCUUCCGAAGGUCGCCAGUCUCCCCCUCCCGAGCGCCAGACCGGUGCCCAGCUCAACGACCCUCCCGCCUCCGGCAAGGGAACCGACGAUGCCACCAACAAGGAGCAGGUCAACAAGGAACAUCUUGAGAACCUGUCAUCCAACCCCAAGGGACCUCUUGACGAUGCUGUAAAGGACAAGUUCGCCAAGACCGAGUAG